AUGACAACCUUCGAUGAGAUCCUGGUGGAGGCCGGGGAGUUCGGGAGGUUUCAGAAGCGUGUCUUUGGGUUGUUUUGUCUGGUGUCCAUGCCAUGGGCUUGCGUCUUUGUGGGAAUCGUUUUUCAAGGCUUCACACCCGAACACUGGUGUCGGAACCCAGUGGUGGAAGAUCUGCGGGGCAAAUGUGGCUGGACUCUGGAAGAGGAGAGGAAGUACACAGUUCCUCUAAUUAACACAACGACUGGCCCGGCAUACAGCCAGUGCCAGAGGUAUGAUGUAGACUGGAACAGCACCAUUGGCUGUAGCAGUCCUCAGCCAAAUUUCACCGUUAACUAUGGAAACGAUGUACCGCUGACUACCUGCCAAGAUGGCUGGGUAUUUGACUAUAAGCAAAGGAGCUCCUUUGUUACUGAGUUUAAUCUGGUGUGUUCUGAUGCCUGGAUGGUGGAUCUCUUCCAGUCAAUACUCAAUCUUGGCUUUUUGGUGGGAACGAUAGUCAUGGGUUAUGUAGCAGACAGGUAUGGCCGAAAGCUAUGUUUUCUAGUGUCAACACUGGCCAAUGCAAUUACUGGAAUACUUGUGGCUGUCUCGCCCAAUUACAUUGCUCUGGUUAUAUUCUGGGGUCUGUUUGGAUUUCCCAUGAAAGGUGGCUGGGUGACAGGCUAUGUGCUCCUCACAGAAUUGGUUGGAGUGGACUACAGGAGGACAGUAGGAAUCAUCUACCAGAUGUUCUUCAGUGUUGGAAUUCUCAUUCUGCCACUCAUUGCUUACCUCAUUCCAAACUGGCGUUGGUUACAAGUGGCCAUCACUGCCCCCUAUUUCUUCUUCUUGCUCUACUACUGGUGGAUUCCAGAGUCUCCAAGAUGGCUUCUGUCCCAAAAAAGGCCUAGCGAAGCUGUGACACUUGCUAAAGAGAUCUCUAAAGUGAACGGGAAAACACUGUCCAAAAACGUGGAGGCUCUUACAGAUGGCAAUGAAGAGCUUUUGCAACCAUCUUUUCUUGACUUAGUCAGGACUCCCAAGAUGAGAAAACACACUUUCAUUUUAAUGUUUAAUUGGUUCACAUGCGCAGUUGUUUAUCAAGGCCUCAUAAUGCGUCUCGGAAUCCUGGGGGGAAAUGUCUACAUAGACUUCCUUAUCUCUGGAGUUGUCGAGUUUCCAGCUGCUUUUCUCAUUAUAGUGACCAUUGAACGGAUGGGAAGACGCAUUCCCUUCACACUUUCUAACAUAGUUUCGGGGGCUGCUUGUUUAAUAGCUGCUUUUAUACCAGCAGAUGAAUACUGGGCUAAAACUUUGACCGCCUGUAUUGGCAGACUGGGUAUUACCAUGGCUUUUGAGAUGGUUUGUUUUGUGAACGCUGAAUUGUACCCUACAUUUGUGAGGAAUCUUGCGGUUUCUGUGUGCUCCACCCUGUGUGAUAUUGGAGGGAUUGUUGCACCAUUCCUUCUCUAUAGGCUAGCAGUUAUAUGGCUGGAGCUACCGCUGGUUAUUUUUGGAAUUCUUGCCUUCAUUGCUGGGGGACUGGUCCUUUUGCUGCCUGAAACCAAAGGUAGGCCAUUGCCAGAGACGAUUGACGAUAUUGAAAACCCUAAAAGGACUAAAGAAACCAAAACUUACCAGCUUGUCACAUUGUUACCUUCAGAUGUCACAACUAAUAAAGACUCCACUUCUGUUUGACCUUGGGCCAUCAUUUGUAUUGUUUAAUAGUGGUAAAUUAUGGCAAGCCAAAUCAUCAUUUAAAGAUAUCAUCAAAUAUAUAAAUGUCACUAUCUUUUUAAGAUAUUAAAAAAAC